CCGCCACUUGUUGUUGGCUCCAUCGUUUUCGUUCAGUAACAUCAUCUUUUGACAGAUGUCAAUGUCAAAUGUGGAAAUUAAAGGAAAAAUAUUCGAAAAAAUAUUUAUUUUUCUGAACAAUAUGAUUGGAAAAAGAACGGAAAAUUUUCCAUGACCCAACACUAAAUCACACAUAGUAAAAUAUAAUCAAUAAAACCAGUGCGUGUCAGAUUCAGAUUCCCAAAAUUCAGAAACAGAAUUUCAAAAGUACCCAGAACCAAAAAAAAUUGGUAUAUAGUUUGACAAUAAUAAUUGAUUGUAUUAUAAUAGUAGUACCCUAAUCAGAAUGUAUUGAAGUAACAUACUUAAAAGUGUUUUGAGUUUUGAGUCCGACAAUUCUCUCAGAACUAAAGUGGAGUGACUUCAAAUGUAAAGCUAAUAUUAACGAGAGUCAAGAUGAAAACUUCUCAAGUCUCAUUGGACGGGCGGGAAUACGACAGUACAUCAUUCGUCAUAGGCCUAAGUCUCGCGAUAUCAUCAAGUGUUUUCAUUGGCUCUAGCUUUAUAAUUAAGAAGGUGGCAUUGAAGAAAAUUAGCUGUUCGGGAAAUGUUCGGGCGGCGGCUGGAGGCUAUUCCUACCUAAAGCAAUGGUUGUGGUGGUUAGGGUUAAUAACAAUGGGAAUUGGAGAAGCAGCAAAUCUGCUCGCAUAUGCUUUUGCACCAGCUGCACUUGUAACUCCAUUAGGAGCUCUUAGUGUGCUUGUUGCAGCAAUACUCGCAUCCAAAUUCCUUAACGAAACACUCAACUUUGUUGGAAAGAUUGGAUGUUUCCUAUGCAUUAUUGGCUCUGUAAUGUUUGUUAUACAUUCACCAAAAUCUGAAGAGAUCAAAACAUUCCAUGAACUUACUUACAUGCUGUGUGAUUACUUUUUCUUAAGUUAUGUACUUAUAAUGUUUUUAAUGAGUUUCAUCAUCAAAGUUGUCUUUGUGCCUAGAUUUGGCAACUCCAAUAUAGCUGUGUAUCUAUUGUUAUGUUCUGCCAUUGGCAGUCUCACUGUAGUAUUUUGCAAAGCAGUAGCAUUAGGCAUAAAGGAGUCCAUUACUGGUGAUAACAAUAAUUUGACUAACUAUAUGUUCUGGCUACUUUUGGGCACAUCUAUAGUGUGCAUCAUGAUACAAAUGAAUUUUUUAAACAAGUCUUUAGACAUAUUCAACACUAGCAUUGUCACUCCUAUAUAUUAUGUAAUGUUUACAGUACUUGUAAUUAUUGCUUCAGGACUGUUGUUCAAAGAAUGGGAGCAUAUGAGCCCCAAUGAUAUUUUAGGGUGUAUCUGCGGUUUCUUAGUAGUAAUGGUUGCUGUAUUUAUGCUGAAUGCUUUUAAAGAUAUUAAUAUUUCAUUUCGGGAUAUAAAUCUGAAUGAUAGACAUAGAAGAAAUCAUCCAACAUUGGAAACUGGCAUAGGUUUGAUAAACCAUACAAGAAUUCAAAAUGACCAGUUAUGACAACAGGUUAAGUCUUGGAUGCCAUACAUUUUAAAAAAACUUAAUAGAUAAAUAAAGAUAGAAAGAAAUGUUAAGUGAAAAUAUGUGAUCAGUAUUGAGUAAAAUGUUAUUGUAACUACAAACUAUAUAAUUAGCCUGAAACAUUCAACAGCAGGUUACAAUUAGUUCAUUGGUAUGGUACAUAACUUUUUUUUUCUUGGGAAACUAUGAUCUAUAUAAAGUGGUCCCUACCGCCCCCUAGUAGUUCAAUAGCGGCCUGGGAAUCAAUUGUGAGGUGUUGAUGCUAAUAGAGGGUGCUACCGCAUUUGGAAAGAAAAACACCUGCAUUAUCUAUAUAAACUACACUACAAAUAUAUAAUUUUUCCUCAUGAUAUGUUUGUGAAGUUAAUAUAAAAAAUAAUGUGUUUUCAAUUAUUUUUUGUGGUGGUGAGGAAAUUUUUUAUCUUGCCUAAGUAGUGAGCAAAAAAAAUGGGGAACCUAUGCUAUGGAUGAUCAAGUACAUUGUGUAAGAUUAAUUAUUUAAGUAAAUACCAAAGGCAUGUAACUAUUAAGUACCUAAGUGAAAGUAUAACACUAUGAUAGGUAAUUAGACAAUAAAAAGUAC